CCUUUAUAUUGCACGCGGGGGCGCUCAACUCUAUCAGGGUCAGGUACACCUUUGUCUUUAGAUAAACUGACAAUAUAUCUGACGAGACACCCUCUCUGACGCGUCUUUCUCUUCUUCCUUUUGCGGGCAUCAGUCACUCUUUUAUUUGCUCUUUUUUUAUCCCAUCUACCUCUACCUUUACCUUCUACUUUCACUCGUCGGGUACGAAUUUGGUUUCUUGGCCUUCACGGACAAUUGAAACACCCUUAUAUACUUGAGAUACUCCAGGCGACAAGUAAAAAAUGAAGUCCCAAAAUAUCACUCUCUUCGCUGUUUUCAUUUUGAGCGUUGCUGCUGGUAUGUUCUGCCCCCUGUUUUCAUAUACGCUGCCUUCUAACUAACAAAUUGCAGUCCCCUCGCCGAAAAAACCCCCACCACCACCACCUGGCCUUCUUGCCGCCGGGGAACUAUGUGAUAACAACCGUGGCCAAUGCGAUGGGAACGGGAACUGCGAUGAUAUUGGGGGCAAGGGGAAGAAGAAGGAUCCGAUGUGUGAAAAUGCUAAUGCUGCACCUGGGCCUGGAGCUGGAAAGGCCGAAGCGUUUUCUGUGCAAAAUGCGACAUCCUCAACUCCCCCAUCCGAGCGAAAGAAACCAAGCCCCGACCUCACCAAACUGGAGUGAUGGAUUCAUGGGAAAAAAGGUGUUAUGGAGUGAAGGCCUUUUUAUCGGAGUUUAUGGGGGUUUUGGGAAGGACUUAGAAUGGGAUUUGAUACCAGUGGCUCUGUUUGGCCCGCAAUUUGAAGGAGACGUAAUAGGAGAUUUCCUGAGAUACAUUCAAUGUGUUCAAAUGAUUUUUUCUCGUCUUAUCGUCUGGAAAAGCAACUUGAAAUACAUUAUACAUCACUUUCUCUUUCCUUCGUGGUCAUUUCUGAUAUCCUCUAAUACUGUCUCCUAGAAAAACAAUGAUAGAAGUCCUCAUUCUCAAAACUCCACUCAGAUUCGAGUGUUCUACAAAGGUUCUUUGAAUUCUGGUUUCAUAUCUGACGACAUCUGUCACUGUGGGAUGGCCCUGUCACUUUCUAACUCCACCUUAUCUAAAUCAUGAGCCUUUUCAUUACGGAGAAUUCUUG